AUGUCUGGAAGAGACAAAGGAGGCAAAGGACUGGGAAAAGGUGGAGCGAAGCGACACUGCAAAGUGCUCUGUGAUAAUAUCCAGGGUAUCACAAAACCAGCCAUCCGGCGCCUGGCUCGCCGUGGCGGGGUCAAAUGCAUCUCGGGCUUGAUCUAUGAGGAGACCCGGAGGAUGCUGAAGGUUUUGCAGGAGAAUGUAAUCAGGAAUGCGGUCACCUACACAGAGCACGGCAAGUGCAAGACGGUAACCACUAUGGAUGUGUAUACUAUGAAGCGCCAGAACCGCACCAUCUAUGGAUUCGGUGGCUGA